AUGAGCACGACCCCUCAGAUCCCCACCCCGGCUCAUAUGCUCGCGGAUUCCAUGUUGUCCCGACACUUCGGCAAAGAGACGGUCAAUUACUUUUCCAGUUCUCCAAUCAACCGUCUAUCGUUCUUGCGCUCCGACCACCCGUUCCUGUCUACGGCUCUGAAGCAUCCUUCGACCCGAUUUGUACUUUUGAACAACCUAGCGCCCUUGACUCCGUCGCCAGCGCAGCUACACUAUGCCAAGUAUGCCGAGGUUAGCAAGCUUGUGCCCCAGGAUAUCUUCGAUACAUCCGAGGCAGACAUGAUCAAGAGCUAUGAUUCGCGCAAGACACACCCGACCCUUAUAUUCCUCGGACUGGACGAGAGUCGCAAGGAAGGAGGGCUGGCGUGGAAGAACUACUCUGGCACGCCGUAUUUCGCAGUCGAUGUGACCCCCAAGGGCGCUGAAGAGCAACAGACUGCAGCAAAGGAUGUGAUCAGUGCCAUGGAGGCGAAGGGACUGUCUUUCUUCCAAGCACGAGUUGUCAUGUCCUUCUCCGCAGAUGAAGCUGCUAUAUAUGCACAGGCACGUGCACUGAUGGACUGGAACACUCGCAACACCUUCUGUGGCACAUGCGGCCACCGUACAUUGGCCGUGAAUGCAGGAACCAAGCGUGCAUGCCCGCCGACCGAUGUUGCACGAGUAGCCGAAGGCAAGGCAAAAGAGCGGCCAGAGUGCAAUACCCGUACUACCCUGUCAAACCUUUGCUUCCCCCGUACCGAUCCGACUAUCAUCGUGGCAGUGGUCUCCGCCGACGGCAAGCGGAUCCUGCUCGGGCGUUCCAAGCGCUUCCCGCCGGGCUGGUAUUCCACCUUGGCUGGAUUUAUUGAGCCGGCCGAGUCAAUUGAGGAUGCUGUGCGGAGAGAGGUGUGGGAGGAAUCGGGCGUCACUUUGUCCCGCGUUGUUAUCCACUCCUCGCAGCCUUGGCCGUAUCCUGCCAAUUUGAUGAUUGGUGCUAUUGCCCAGGUCAGUGACGUCGCUCACGAGACGAUCUCUCUACAACACGAUCCUGAGUUGGAGGAUGCGCGGUGGUUUGAGAUUGAGGAGGUGGAGGAGGCGCUGCGCAUUGGUACGAGUGACUUGAGUUCUCAGGCUGGUCCGGAAUACAAGGGCGGUUUGCGAUUGCCCCCUCCUACGGCCAUUGCCAAUCAGCUGAUCCAGGCUGCUGUCAGCGCAGAGUAUUUUGCGACAGACAAGCAGGCCAAGAUAUAA